GGAGCACCACAUUUGAGGAACAGACCGGAAAGCAGGCGCAAGUAUAAAAUGGGAGUACGAUUCCAAGGGCGUUCCGCGAGUCCUCGGAACGCGAUUCUUCGAACUCCCAAGUUGUCAUGCGAAGCCUCCGUUCGUGCGCCAUGUCCGCCGCUGCAAUAUUCUCAUCGUCUUCAUCCUCCGUUGCCCUAAAAAACUCCGCCUCUUCCCUCUCUGCUUCUCCGAGCUUCUUCAAUGGAGUUCCUCUCCGGACCCAGGUCGCUCUCCCCAAUCGCCUCGCUAAUGCUUCGGUUCGCUGCUUCGCGUCGACGGCGCAGGCAGACAGAAUCAAAGUUGAGAAGCCUAUUGUCGAAAUGGACGGCGAUGAAAUGACGAGGAUCAUUUGGAAAUUGGUUAAAGAUAAACUUAUAUUUCCUUAUCUGGAUUUAGACAUAAAGUACUUCGAUUUAGGGGUACUGAAUCGUGAUGCAACCAAUGAUAGAGUUACCGUAGAAAGUGCUGAAGCCACUUUGAAGUACAAUGUUGCUGUGAAAUGUGCUACAAUAACUCCUGAUGAGACCAGAGUCAAGGAAUUUGGUUUGAAGUCCAUGUGGAGGAGCCCCAAUGGCACAAUAAGAAACAUUUUAAAUGGGACUGUGUUUCGGGAACCUAUCUUAUGCCAGAACAUUCCCAGGAUCAUUCCUGGUUGGAAGAAACCCAUAUGUAUUGGCAGGCAUGCCUUUGGGGAUCAGUAUCGUGCUACUGAUACAGUAAUUGAGGGGCCAGGAAAGCUUAAAAUGGUUUUUGUUCCAGAAAAUGGGAAAGCCCCAGUGGAGCUUGAUGUUUAUGAUUUUAAAGGUCCUGGAAUUGCACUGGCCAUGUACAACAUUGAUGAGUCAAUACGAGGUUUUGCUGAGUCAUCAAUGUCCUUGGCAUUUGCAAAGAAGUGGCCUCUAUACUUGAGCACAAAAAACACCAUCCUUAAAAAAUAUGAUGGCAGAUUUAAGGACAUAUUCCAAGAGGUAUACGAAGAGAAGUGGAGGCAGAAGUUUGAAGAACACUCGAUAUGGUAUGAGCACAGGCUAAUUGAUGACAUGGUUGCUUAUGCAGUUAAAAGUGAUGGGGGAUAUGUUUGGGCUUGCAAAAACUAUGAUGGAGACGUUCAGAGUGAUUUACUUGCUCAAGGAUUUGGUUCUUUGGGCCUCAUGACAUCUGUGUUGUUAUCCUCUGAUGGGAAGACAUUAGAAGCUGAGGCAGCUCAUGGGACUGUAACUAGGCAUUUUCGGUUACAUCAGAAGGGGCAAGAAACAAGUACAAAUAGUAUUGCUUCCAUAUUUGCUUGGACCCGAGGGCUAGGACACAGGGCAAAACUAGAUGAAAAUAGAAGGUUACUCGAUUUUGUUAACAAGUUAGAGGCUGCAUGCAUCGAGACAGUGGAGGGAGGCCAAAUGACUAAGGAUCUUGCUAUUUUGGUCCAUGGACCCAAGGUAUCAAAGGAGUACUACUUGAAUACCGAAGAAUUUAUUGGCGCUGUUGCACAAAAUCUUCAGGCAAAGCUUAAGAAUCUUGCGGCUGUUUAAGAAGAUACCUGGUUUCAUGAUGAAUGCAUUUCAGGAAAUGCAAUAGGCAACCAGAAUUUUUGGUAAGGAUUGUUUUUAUGUUAUAGUUAUCUUUACAAGGAAUGUUGGAUGCACAGAAUUCUAUAGAUAUCAUAUUUUUCUGUGAUUUUACACAGAUGGACAUGCUUUAUAAAGCUUUACCACAAGCAAAAGCACAAAGCACUGUUAUUUUGCAUGUUAAAAGCAUUCUUCGAUUCAUGAAAUAAAGUGCAGUUUUGUGCUUGGAAUGUA